AUGGCGAACCCUGGGAUUGGAGUGUCAUUUGAUCCAAAUGAUAUGUCCAGCUGGUACUUCGGCGGGCUGUCAAGAGCGGAGGCGACGAAACUGCUCCUCAAUGAGACCGAGAGCGGCGUGUUCCUCGUGCGCGACUCGAAGACCAUACACGGGGACUACGUACUCUGCGUCAGGGAGGACGACAGGGUGUCGCACUACAUCAUCAACCACGUGGUCUCCGCCGACGGCACCACCAGGUUCAGGAUCGGGGACCAGCUCUUCGCGGACAUGCCGGCGCUGCUCUCCUUCUACCGUCUCCACUACCUGGACACCACGCCGCUGGUGCGGCCUCUGCCCCAGGCGAGGGCGAGGGCGGCCGCCCCCCCACCCCCGCAGCCUCACCAGGUGCUGGAGCUGGUGAUAGCCAAGUUCGACUUCGUCGGCAGCGACGCCGACGAUUUGCCGUUCAGGCGGGGCGAGAGGCUAAUGGUAAUAAACAGGGAUGAGGAGCAGUGGUGGACGGCGCGCAACAGCCAGGGCCGUACCGGUUCUAUCCCCGUUCCCUACGUGCAGAGGAUCCUGGACCCGUCGGGGGUCCCGUACCCGCCCUCGGAAGCGCUCAGCCAGUUGGGGGACCCCCCCAGCCCGCCAGGCAACAGGCAUCCGCAGCAACGCACCAACAUGCAGCGCACGCUACCCGCAUUGGCGCGAGUCAGACAAACCCGCGUGCCGAACGCGUAUGACAAGACCGCGCUGAAACUGGAAGAAGGCGACAUUGUUAAGGUGACCAAAAUGAACAUCAACGGCCAGUGGGAGGGCGAGCUGAACGGGAAAGUGGGCCACUUCCCGUUCACGUACGUCGAGUUCCUUGACGACAACACCGCCAGC